GAGUUGUUGGUGCAUAUGGACUGUGAGGGUUGUGAAAAGAGGAUUCGAAGAGCAAUCUCCAAAAUUGAAGGAGUUGAUAGCUUUGAGAUAGACAUGGAUAAGCAAAAAGUGACUGUAACCGGAUAUGUAGACAAAAGGAAGGUCUUAAAGAUGGUGAGAAGAACUGGAAGGAAGGCAGAGUUUUGGCCAUUUCCAUACGACAGUGAAUACUAUCCUUACGCCUCACAGUACUUAGACGAAUCAACUUAUACAUCGUCGUAUAACUAUUACAGACAUGGAUAUAAUGAGGGCGUGCACGGAUACUUCCCAGACCAGGCGUACUCAACGGUCGACGAUCAAACCGUUCAUCUCUUCAGCGAUGACAAUGUACAUGCAUAUUGCUCCAUUAUGUGA